AUGAUUCCCUAUUCUGUUUGCAGGACCCACAGUCCGCUGAUGAGCUUCGGCGCCAGUUUCGUCAGCUUCUUGAACGCCAUGAUGACAUUCGAGGAGGAAAAAAUGCAGAUGGCCAGCGACGAUCUGAGAACUACUGAAAAGCUUUGCGAGAGCGACAACGCCGGCGUCAUCGAGACCAUCCGCAACAAAAUCAAGAAGAGCAUGGACUCGCAGAGAUCGGGAGUGGAGAUUGUGGAUCGUCUUCAGAGACAGAUCAUCGUGGCUGACUGCCAGGUUUAUCUCGCCGUGCUGUCGUUCGUCAAACAGGAACUCUCAGCAUACAUCAAAGGAGGCUGGAUCCUCCGCAAGGCCUGGAAAAUGUACAACAAAUGUUACAGCGACAUCAGCCAACUGCAGGAAGCCUGCCGCCGACGCUCCCCCGACCAGCAGGGGGCGCUGACCUCCGAACAGGACAAUCACAACACCUCAGCCGAGAGCGGCGGCCGGGUAACAGAAGAGGUUCUGGACCGUCUGAAGGGUUCUGUCAGCUUCGGCUACGGGCUCUUUCACUUGUGCAUUUCGAUGGUGCCUCCACACCUGCUCAAGAUCGUCAACCUGCUGGGCUUCCCUGGAGACCGUCACCAAGGUCUCUCCUCCUUAGCAUACGCCAGCGAGAGCAAAGAUAUGAAGGCGCCACUUGCCACUUUGGCUCUUUUGUGGUACCACACUGUGGUGCAGCCCUUCUUUGCUCUGGAUGGCUCUGACUCGCAAGCUGGGCUCCUGGAAGCCAAAGCCAUUCUGCAGAAGAAGGCGAUGGUUUACCCAAACUCCUCUCUCUUCAUCUUCUUUAAGGGACGGGUGCAGAGAUUAGAGUGCCAAAUCAACAGUGCGCUGGCGUCAUUUCAGGAUGCUCUGGAAUUUGCCUCCGACCAAAGAGAAAUCCAACACGUGUGCCUCUAUGAAAUUGGCUGGUGCAGCAUGAUAGAGAUGAACUUUGAAGAUGCUUACAGGUCGUUUGAGCGGCUGAAGAAUGAAUCCCGAUGGUCACAGUGUUACUAUGCUUACCUCACUGGAGUAUGUCAGGGGGCUUCUGGUGAUCUAGAGGGAGCCAAAGCUGUUUUCCAAGAUGUCCAGAAGCUUUUUAAACGCAAGAACAAUCAGAUUGAGCAGUUUGCACUGAAAAGAGCAGAGAGGCUGAGGAAAGUCUCCCUUACGCGAGAGCUGUGCAUUCUGGGUGUUGUGGAGGUGCUAUACUUAUGGAAAGCUCUUCCAAACUGCUCUUCCUCCAAACUCCAGCUUAUGAACCAAGUGCUACAGGGGCUGGAUGAGCAGUCGAGCCUGGGCCUAAAACACCUGCUGCUUGGUGCUAUUCAGAAAUGUCUUGGGAAUAUUAAAGACGCUGUUCAGUCGUUCCAGCUGGCAGCCCAGGAUGAAUACGGCCGUCUGAAUAACAGCUAUGUGCAGCCCUAUUCCUGCUAUGAGCUGGGCUGCGUGUUACUGGCUAAACCGGAGACCCUGAGUAAAGGAAGGUCAUUGCUGCUUCAGGCCAAGGAGAACUACGCCGGGUACGACUUCGAGAACAGGCUGCACGUCCGCAUCCAUUCUGCCCUCGCCUCCAUAAAGGAAGUGGUCCCUCACUGACCCGUCCGUCCCACCUCAGAAGAGCUCCUGUCCAGCACUUUUUGAAGCGAAAGCCAUGUGAAGUAAUCCUGCUUUUCUGGAGGGAGAAACU